AUGUUUCUGCUCUUCCUGCAACCUAUUUCAGUUGUUUUCCAAGUAACUGCAAAGGGUGUUGGCCUGCUAGAUCCUGGCGCUGAAAGUAACUGUGUAGAGAAGGGUGCCAAGGUGGACCUCCCGUUUUGGCUUGCGCAUGGGCUACUGUCUCUGGAACAAGCUGUGUCAAUGAAUCCUCCUCCAUGCUUCACACAGAAAACUCGAAAAGAGAUCCAAGCUGAUGCCGCCUGUGUGGACUUGAGGGUUCGUUGCCCCUACUUUUAUGAGCUAGGAUGCAAGAUUGUUCCUUUGGUGAAUGACAAGAGCAUUGGCAUAUUCUUGCGCUAUGCAUUCACCAGUAGGUACAAAGAGGUUCUAAGCAAGUCUCACAGUUCUUCCACAAUGACAGUGCCCAAGUUUGUACCACGCCUUACCAAAGAAGAAACUCGCGUGUUUGAAUCUGCUAGGGAAUCAAUGGCUGCUUUCAAGAAAUGGCGUGCUGGUGGUGUGAGGUUGCAAAAGGCAACCAUCCUUGGCAGGAAGAGGAAGACAAAACUGCCUGAUGGGCCUUCUACUCCCUGAACCUGUAGGUUUAAGGUCUCCAUAGAAUGGAGUGCUUCAGCAGUUUACCUGAUAUGUUCAUUUAUGUUCACUGAUUUGAGCUGUAAAAAAAGAAGGCUAACGGUAUUUUUAUAGUUCUUGUAGUCUGGUCCACCUUCGGUGCACAUCUCUUUAGCCUGACAGGACAAACGACAGCAGCUCUGAUCAGUUCAUGGUGUAAGAAAACCGAAUGCUGUUAUAUCACCAUCUACUGUUGGAGUUUCAAGAGUUUGUUUGGAGGGAGCAAAUA